AUGCCUCUCGUUCCCAGCUCCGCACCGCUGCCCAGCAGCAUGACCACCAUUGCUUACUUGCGCGAGCAAGAAAUCCUCAACAUCGUUUACAUCGGCCUGCUUGUCAUCGAAGUUCUUAUGGUUUUGGGCGUCAUCACUAUGGCUCUUGUCAAGCGAGUUAAAGUCAACCACCAACUCAAAACGAUACGAUCAGCAACCACUUCGGCAAAAUACGCCCCCUACCACUUUGCGCAUGCCGACACGGAAAAGACAAUGUUAUGA